AUGGCUCUGAAGAAGUAUAAUACAACAGUGACAGAAUUCAUUCUCUUGGGUUUCUCUCAGAGUGCAAAGGUUCAGUCCAUUCUCUUCUUUAUCUUUCUCACCAUGUACAUCAUAACCUGGCUUGGGAACCUCACCAUUAUAAUUACAGUGAUUUACACCCCCCACCUCCACACACCUAUGUACUUUUUUUUAUGCAACCUGGCUGUGAUAGACAUCAGUGAUUGCACAGUAACUGCACUCAAAAUGCUGUGGGACCUCAUCUCUCAUACAAAUUCCAUCUCCUACAACUGGUGCAUUGCCCAAAUGUUCUUCUUCCAUUGCACUGGAGGUGCUGUGGUCUUCUUCCUAGUUGUUAUGGCUGUUGACAGGUACAUAGCUAUCUAUAAACCACUGCGAUAUUUACUUAUUAUGAACCAAGGAGCUUGCAUAGGCUUGGUUAUUGGAACAUGGUUGGGUGGCUUUGCUCACUCUAUUGUCCAGGUAGCACUGGUACUUCAGUUACCAUUCUGUGGGCCCAACAUUUUGGACAACUUUUACUGUGAUGUUCCGCAAGUAAUCAAACUGGCUUGCACAGACACAUACAUUACAGAAAUACUGAUGGUUUGUAACAGUGGACUGCUUCUCACACUGAUCUUUUUUAUCUUACUUGUAUCAUAUACUAUGAUUUUGGUGAAGAUUAGAAUGCAUGUCACAGAAGGGAAGCACAAAGCCCUUUCUACAUGUUCUGCACAGGUCAUAGUAAUGAGCUUACAUUUUGUUCCAGCAAUGUUCAUUUAUGACCGCCCUUUCCGGGUAUCUCCAGUGGACAAAAUAACCUCGGUCUUGUACACUGCAAUCACUCCAGUGCUAAAUCCAAUAAUCUUCACUCUGAGGAACACAGAAAUGAAAAACAGCAUUCGAAAACUGGUUGGUAAUAAUAUGUUAUUCAAAAUAACUGAAUCAAAAUGA